UAAAAAAAAAAAAAAAAUUAUAGUCUUGCUUUUGACAAAAUUUAAAUAAAAAAUUAAAAUCACUAUUGCACAACAAUGUUCAAUUUACCUUUCCUUUUACAUAGUACAAACUGUUUAUUAUAGUUUAGUCAGUAGUCUAAUGUACAUAUGUAGAAGGUACUACAUUGGGUUAAAUGUACAGAUCUAACCUCGUAUCAUCUACGGUAAUCAAUGAUAAAAACCUAUCUUCGUCACCUUUUUUCUCGUAACUAUUCUUAUAUAAACUUUAUUUCAUGAUGAAUAUAAAAUCAGAAGUAGUAAAACCUAACACAGUGAGGGUGUACGAUUUAGAUGAGUACGAAAAGUUGCUCAAAGGCAUUAGAGUGGCUGCAUGUAUGAUCACAGAAUCACACCAAAUUGUGGACGAAGAAAGUGUGUUAAAACGUCUAAAUAAGUUAACCAUUGACGGUGCUACGGAUGGCAACUGUUGCUCGUGUUGCGGAGUGGGUCCGUUUGCGUCCAGGGCACAGCAGACAGCACAUUAUAAACAUCAUUGGCACACCCAUAACUUAAAGAGGAAACUGUUUGGGAAAGCUGCACUCACUUUGGGGCAGUUCAGCUCCAGGAAUGAGGACUCCAGUGUCUCAGGAAGUGAUUCAGAGACUGAGGGAAGUAGCAGUAACCCUGCUAGUGAACUCUUUGCUGCAGCCACAAGGCAUUGCAAGGCUUUCUUUUCAAACCACAAGGGCAAGGUUUUCUGUAUAUACAGGUGUAUAUUACAUCAUAAAAAGGAAGAGCUAUCAACAGAUGGCGGUGACACGUGGGUGGAGCGUUGCCAACGUCUGUCAAUUGCCGGCUACCAGCGCUGGGCCAUUUUAAUGGUCUCUGGCGGCCACUUUGCCGGCGCCAUAUUCUCUGGUGGGGUGGCUGUGGUGCACAAAACUCAUCAUUCCUAUGUAACGAGGAGGGGACAAGGGCAGGCCCAGGUGAAUAGGGACCAGCAUGGUAACGCACCGCGCUCUGCUGGUGCAAGUAUGAGGCGAUACAAUCAGGCACAGUUUUUGCAGCACGUCCAAGACAUUGUAGCUAGUUGGAUUGACGACCUAAAGGGUUGUUACCUCGUCCUGUACCGUGCAGUGGGCUCGCUCAACCAAUCAGCUUUGUUUGGCAAGAAUUCCCCUCUCACGCGGGAAGACCCGCGCGUGCGGGCGCUGCCUUUCCCCACGAGGAAACCUACUUACAAGGAAGUGAAGAGGGUCCAUGAAACUGUAGCAAGUGUGGAAGUUUAUGACUCCAUGGAGCUAUUUCAAAGGGCACUGAUCGCGUCGACAAGCAAGACAGCUGUCAAGACUGGGACAGACAGUAACAUUGAUCGUAACAAGAAAACGCAGAAGAGUCCCAGCAAACCGAUUGACAGAGCGAAGUCAAGGGAACGUCCGCCCCGUGAACUUCCCACACAAAUAGUAUCGAGCGAAGAUGAUGGACCUUGCUUCAUCGACUCGGAGACUCCAGCGGGGUGGAUCAAGACUCUCUCAGAGCAGAGCAGCAACGGGGUGAUCACUAACUCCCGAAAAGACCUGCUGAAUGACUGCGCAGUGGACAACUCCUCGGAUAGUGAUCAGGAAAAUGUCUCUGCAAGAAAAGAGCGCAAUGUGAAACUGAAGAAAAAAAAGAAAGUGGAGGAAAAGCAGCCCAAGAAAGCGCCUUUGAAAAUAUCUGCCAAUAUCAAAAAGUUGUGGAAGAUAGCGUCGGGCAAGGAUGUGAUCUCGUUGGAGACGAUUCGGGAAGAGUUCGCGGCCGAGGAGCUGCGCGCGGCGUGCAACGCGCCCGACCCCGCCGACGGCAACACCGCGUUGCAUAAGGCCGCCAUCGCUGACAAACCCCAUAUGGUCACAGAAAUACUGACGGCGGGUGGCGACCCGUGUCUGCGCAACCACGCGCUACAGACUCCAUACGCCGCGGCGCCGCACCCUGACACGCGCGUCGCCUUUCGCUUGUUCCAGGCGCAGUUCCCGGACAAAUACAACUACAGUAAGUCCCAAAUUCCCGGGCCCGUAACACCGGAGCAGUUGGAACAGGAGAGAGAAAAGAAAGCGCAGCAGAAGAAAGCGAAGCGACAGCGGGAAAAAGAGAAACAGGUGGAGAAAAAUAAAUUAAACAAAUUCUUGCACAUGACCGACGUUCAAAAGGUGAGGGCCGACCUUAUGAUGUGCUUCCUUUGCGGCUCCAAGCUCCCAAGACCUCCAUUCGAGUACAGCAAUUUCACAUUCUGCUCCAUCAAGUGUCUCCAGAACCAUAGGAACCUCAGGCCUUUGCACAACAGCGCGUAAAAUAAAAUAAAAAUAUAUAUUUUCUUUAUAAAUAUUGUUCGUGCAAUAUAGGAUGGUGUGUGUGGCAGAUAAUGCUGCCAGAACACGGAAGCGGAGCGAGGCAGCGGAGCCGAGAAACGGAGAAAUAUUAACCAGUAGGAUUGCACAAAAUCUCCGCUCCUCAUAAGUGGAAUUUUUAAACUUGCUCGCAAUUCCCUGCGAGCUAGUUUAAAAAUUCAUAUAAACCGGUAACCGGAGCGGGGAAUCACGUCUGCAAAUCGGCUUCGCAUUACUUUAUCACUCCGCUCCGGUGGACAGACACAGUACGCAACUCCGCUCCGCAUUAGUCCGUUUCUCCGCUCCGCUGCCUCGCUCCGUUUUGGUGGACAGGCAGCCUAAUGCUAAAUGUAGAAUAAACCACGGAAUAAUGAAAACUGGAAUUCGCUUCUGUAAUUUCUAGUUUUGAACACGUUCUCGUUCGAAUGUAUUCGUUAUUCAAAAACGAAUACAUUCAGUGAGUGAUGCGACACGAAGCGUUGCAUCGGUAACUUUCAAUGUUAUUCAAGAAAAUUGGCGUCUUGUGUUCUUAAAUAUUUAAAAAAACUCUUUACAAAAACUAAAGAAUGGAGUAUUUUUUAUUGGUAAUUGUACAGGGUCGUCUUUUCGCCGUGGGAAAUGAUAAGCAUUAUACCCUGAACGUAUGAGCCUUUAUUCACAAUUUAAAAUUUGACUUAUAAUUAUAUAACAACAAACGUUGCCGUGGGGUAACAUCACAGAUAUAAGAAGUAACUAGAUUUAUAAAGUGCCAACUGUUUGUAUUGAAACCAGCGUACCCGGGGGCGUGGCCUUACAAACACAUUUAUAGUGUAAUAAUACUUAUCACACUGAUAAACUCUUCACUUAAUUGGCUGUUUAAUAUUUAGUGAAAAAAGAAAUAUAUUACCCUUAUUUUAGAGUUGAAAAUUAUUUAUUACUGUUGUCUCAGAACAAAUGAAAAUUCUUGAAUGAAAAUUCAUGAAUGAAAUCUAUAGUACCGCUACUCGUCACUAGUUGUCUCUAUAUAUAAGCUUUAUUACCUUAUAAAUAAGAUUCAAAAUGAUCCUAACUUUGUUUUAUUAAUGUUGUCUAGGGAUGUGAAAUAACGAUAGUCUUAAAUAUCGAUAGUCUCGUUACUCGCAGUAAAUAAAACGAACGUCUGUUGUUUAAAAAAAAUUGAAUUUUAUAAAACUAAGAAGAAUAACAUAGGUCAAUAAAAAAUUAAAAUAUAUGAAGAAACACACACAAGAAAGUAAAAAACAAGCAUUUUUUAAUGUACCACUCUGAAAAAACAUUAAUUCAACUGAAACUUUGCACGAUUCGAGUUUACACAACAAAGAAGGUCAAACACAUGUCCAUAACUUGUGUACUUGAAAAAUUAAGUACUUUCCACGAAACCUUAACAAAUAGAGGAUAGCCCUAUUUCACCCUUUCUAUUUUUAUAUUACAAAUUACAAUGCGGUUUUGCAUAAAACAAAUUUUGCUUCCUAGUCGCCUCGAUUCAUUUUUUUCCUCUCCGGAUUCCUAAAAAAUAAUCCGAAAAUUUCAUAAUUAUCGUGUCAUCAUAAUAUAAUAGUAGUAGAUAUAAAAUAUCGAUAUAUUAUUAUAGACAUCCCUAAAUGAAUAGCCAAAUGACAUAUGGAAACUAUUUAAAUUCAAAACUAACAUAAAUCAAAAUUACACUUUUUUCAGAAGAAUUAAAACAAGAAAAAUAAAAACUAUGUUUUGGUAUAUUUUUCCUGUUAUUUCAUUGGAAUCAUAUUUUUAAAAUGUUUUGCAGUUUUCUGAUAAACUUAAUGCUAGAGGAGAUAUUAAAAGCAUAAAAUAUGCUGCUUUUCAAUUGAAACCUUUGGCUUUGAAAUCAAUAAAAUAAUUGUAUAUUUAUUGAUUACAGACAAUAAAAUAAUCGUAUUAAUCUUGUUUCACUGUCUCAAAUCAAUAAACAUUCCCCUUCGUCGCUUGUGUCUUUUUAUUUAUUUAUUUUAUACUGCGGUGGUGUACACGUACACGUAAUUUAAUUUUUACUGAUUCGACGCUUACAUUUCUGUCUUUUUUUUAUUAAUUGACAGCUCUGUCAUGAUAGUGGAAACGUGGUGGUAUUUAGAAGGAAAACGGCCACGAGGUAGAUCACCAAUCCGAUGGUUGGAUCUUUUCAUAGAAACAGGUGCCCACACCUUUUAUAAUGCCAUCUAGAUUUUGUUUGAAAGAAAAUGUUCGUUUAGGUACAUUUUAUAUGCCUAACAACCAGUUUUUAAAUAAUAUAAAAAGGUACUUCAUUUAAAAAUUCACUUUAUUAUUUAACAAGGAUUAUUAAUAUUAAUAAUUAAUACAUUUUAUUAGGAAUAGAAGAAUAAUUUUUGUAUAUUUUUGAUUUAUGAUAGUUUUGUUGUUGUUGUUGACGCAGCAAAUGUAUGCCCACUGGUGUCAACAGAAUCUUCGAGAAAAUCGAACUUGUAUUAAAAUAAAGUAAACUUUAGUACUAUUCCCGUAAAGUUCAUUUUAGUUUGUGACUUUGAGUAAAAUUAUUUUUUCAUAUUUUAAUGAAAAUAUAAUAAAAUACGUCUUAACGAUGGUACGAAACACCAUAAUUUGAUAAAUAUUUGUGGCGGCUAUCAUUUGUGUAUUCCAAAACGGCACAAUUCAGCAUUUUUCUAAUAGUUUUUAAUUAUUUUCAAUUACCGAAUUUGACAACCGCAGGACGUAACGUGUCAGUCAACGAAACAAGACUGCUAGUACAUGCGCGGAUAGGCUUGCGAAGCUCCGCACACCCGGGUGUAAGCGGGCCACGCCCCUAUGCUACUUCUAUUGCUAAAAGCGUUAGCUUUUAGCGAUCUCUGUUCUGUGGGUAACAUACUACUAACGCCAUCUAGUCUUACAUUGGAGAACUACGAAUUAGACAGUAAUUAUUGAUUCUUAUGAUAUUAAUUUACGUAAUUGUUGUUAGUGUUAAAUUUUGAAAUACAAAUUAUGAAAAAAGUUUGUAUAUGUGGAUGUCAACGUGUUUACGAUCCAUAAAAAAAUGGGUCUCACCGGCUUGUAAAGACUCACACUGGAUCAUUCUUUACUCAGUGGCUUUAUGAUUGUAAUAAAAUUAUCUUAUUGGAUGGAUAUUAAAAACCUACCUUUUUAAACCCAAACUCGAUGUGCAGUGUUUAUCGACAAACAAAUUAAAAAUGAA